UCUUCACAUUCUCAGCUACAGUGUCACGUGAAACACUUUAAUGAAUGUCUUUAUUUACGAAUGAAAAGGGAAAGUUAAGCUGAUAAAUAGAUUAUUGUUCCCACGUGAAUAUGCAUUUGUGUUUCUUUACAGAGUAAAGCUGUCAAGAGAUUGACAUCAUGACACAACACAACAUCAGCAUCAGCAUCAAUGGUUCUGAAUCAAAGGUCAAAGUGAGAUUAGUGUUUAUCCGGAUCAUUUCGCUCAUCGAGGUUCCCAUCAUGCUCUUAACUCUGUAUGCCUUGUGUUUGCUGGUCAGGUCUCGACACGCCACUUCCAUUUUUGUCAUUCAUUUGAUUCUUUCAGAUCUCGUCCAGACUAUGUGUCAGAUGAUCUACGCAACAGGCAGUGUUAGGACACCAUUGUUGGGGCUUGCCUAUUAUUAUUCUUUGAUUGUGAGCGUGUAUUUGAUGGCGUGUAUCGCUUUGGAAAGAUAUCUUCUGGUUUCUCAUCCGAUCUGGUACAAAACUCACCACUCGCUGAAAUCCUCCUGUUCGAUUUCUCUCGUCAUCUGGUGUGUGCCUCUGGGGUUUGCAGACAUAAAACCACCUCAUCUGCGUUUCCUAGCUUUCCCAUUCACCAUCGUGUGUUUGAUCCCCUACCUGAUAACCGCUCUGUGUUUUGUGGGCACGUGGAGGGGUCUCUCUCACGCCACAUCACUGACGCCUCACAAGCGCAGGAUGAUUUUGGGCACUUUGUUCCUCGUGCUGCUGACUUACACAUUUCUCCUCCUCCCGUUCUUUCUUUUAUUAAUGUUUAGUUAUUUCACUGAUAAAUAUGAAAAAUUUGAAGAUUUCCUGCUCUGUCUGGUGUUUCUCAAUCCUCUGGCUGACUGUUUACUGUAUUUGUUCAUGAGGAGUGAUGUGGCUGAUUUAAUGCCGUCUCUUCACUGCUGUUGUACAUCAGACACACAACAGAUUUCAGUACGAUACACAACCAGAACAACACAACCAUCAUCAUAAUCAACACUAUACACUAACGGCCGCCCAGAUGCGUUGCAAACAUGGCCGCCGAGUGGCACGACUUCCGUAAACGGACUUUGAAUUUUCUGUGCGAGGAACUAUAUUUGUAAUAUUUAUUAUAAAAAUGUUUGCAUGAUUCAAACACUGUGUUACAGUUUUACUCAAAUCAAUGUGACUAAUCGAUCAAAACAAUUACCUGUUAAAGAGAUUCAUUACCGUAUAUUCAUCCAGAAUUUAAAAGUCACACGUGACUGUAUGCAUGACAUCGAUUGUAAGACAUUGUGUAGUAUUCACGUUUACUCUUCAUAUGCUCACAGAU